AUGGCCAACAAGACUGAGUCCCAAUGGAAUCAGCCGUAUACAGAGCCCGAUCCACACAGUCACUCUGCGUACCAGCGAGAGAUCUACUCCUCGCUCCGGGCUCCAAUCUUCUCCACCAAGCCGGCUGAAUGGGAAGCAUUGGCUCGUUCUAAAGUCCCUGCUCCCAACUUCGGCUAUGUCUCUGGCUCAGCCAGCAGUGGACAGACCCAUGCCGCCAACAUUGCAGCCUUUGAUCGAUACCGUCUCCGACCACACAUGCUGGUCAAUGCCACUCAGCGAGAUACGAGUGUAGAACUGUUUGGGACCAAAUACAAGAGCCCGCUCUUGGUUGCACCAGUCGGCGUCCAAAAUAUCAUGCAUCGAGACGCCGAAGAAGCCACGGCAAAAGCCUGCCGUAAACUCGGUGUCCCCAUGAUUCUGUCCUCCGCUGCCACGAGAACCAUUGAGCAGGUUGCCGAAGCCAAUGGCGAUGGGGAUCGUUGGUAUCAGCUUUAUUGGCCCAGGCCCCAAUGGGAAGAUGUUACUGUGAGCCUGCUCAACCGGGCCAAAGCGAACGGCUACAAGGUCCUUGUGGUCACUUUAGACACUUUCAACCUUGCCUGGAGACCAGUCGAUCUCGACACGGCCUACCUGCCCUUUAUUUGGGGCGAUGGCUGUCAGAUUGGACAUUCAGACCCCGUCUUCAAUCAAAGAUAUGAAGAAGUUCAGAAAAUGGAUAAAAGGGGUUACGGAGAAAAGUUGGCUGAACUAUGGGCGACCAUGAAAAGUCCCGGAUCAGUUUCUGGCGCAGCUCGGGUCCUUUCGAACAUCCAGCUCUUGCAAAAGUCAAAGGCAUGGCUAGAUGUUAUGAACUCGGGAACGUACCGUGAAUGGAAACACCUGGAGAUUUUGCGCAAGCUAUGGGACGGUCCAAUUGUCCUGAAAGGCAUUCAGACGGUUGAUGAUGCCCACAGAGCUAUCGACCAUGGCAUGGAUGGCAUCAUUGUGUCAAACCACGGGGGCCGACAGUGCGAUGGCGCCAUCGCCUCACUGGAUGCCCUUGCUGAAAUUGCCGCUGAUGAAAGGAUCCAGAGAUCUACAUUGACUCUCAUCUUUGACAGUGGCAUUCGCACCGGCAGCGAUGUUAUAAAGGCGUUGGCCUUGGGUGCAAAAGCUGUUUGUAUUGGUCGACCAUAUAUGUAUGGUCUUGCCAUUCAUGGGCAGGAAGGUGUGGAACAUAUUCUCAGAUGUCUCCUGGCUGACAUGGACAACAUGUUGGGUCAAGUCGGCAAGAAGAGUCUGAAGGAACUUAACAGACACGACGUACAAAUUCGGUCGGACUCCAAGCUAUAG